UACCACGUACCGGCGGCGACCCACUCGGACUCCGAGGUGAAGCGAAUCCAGCUGCGAGUGUGCAACGUGCUCAAGUAUUGGGUGUCGCAACACUUUGACGAUUUCGACCACGACCUCAUCCAGACCGUGGUCAACUUUGUCGACGAGAGCCUGGCCGUCGACGGCCACGACUCUGUGACCGGCGUACUCCGCAACGCCAUCGUGAAGCGAACAUGUGGGCUGAAGAGCCGCGUCACCCGAGGCCGCGUCCUAAUCGUCAGCAAGGGCUCCACCGCCCCUGCGCCCAAGGUGGGGGCGGAGAUGGUGUCGGGCGCGGGCGCGGACGUAGCCAUGUCCAUUUUCGAUUUUGACGAAGAGGAGGUCGCGCGCCAGCUCACCCUCCGCGAGUUCCUGCUCUAC